AUGAAUAAGUCAGAGAUGUUUGGCUUUGAGCUGGAGACAGACGACAGGACGGAGGAGGAGAAAGCAAGACAGAAAGCGUCAAAAAAAGGUGGAGUAACGUCUGCUCUGGGUUUUGGCUCAGAGGCGCCCAAGGCUCCCAUGGACACUGAUUAUCAGGAGGAAAUGGAGCAGACCAAGCCUAAAAUCAGAUUCAACCUCAACUUUGACAAGUGAGCUUCUCCAUUCACACUUAAUGUGGUCUCUGCUGCUCUUAAUAACCAUUAUGGCCCGGUUUCUGUUUGUGAUCAAGUCUCACUGAGGAGAUUUGAGUGGAGUGUGACGCUGCUUGGCCCUUUGACCUCUGAGUGAAUCUUUUCGUGUUCACAGAGGGAUACGAGGCGAGGGCGAGAACAGCAGUAAGAGAGACAGUAAAACGUUUAAUAUCGAUAAGCUGUUUGAAGCUGCAGCCAGCGGAGAUGUCAAACAGCUGGACGGUCUGCACCUGUACCUGCACCAGAACAUGAAGAAGCUCUCUGACUCCUUGUGUGAGUGUGACACCCACAGUGCAACAGCAGCUGACACAUAUUUUGACCCCAGAGGUAGAAAGUAACAAAAAUUGGAAGUUGUAGGACUCAGUAAAGGAGGGUUGAUCAGUAAUAGUUCUCCUGAAGACUUUUAUCUUUAAACGUUAAAUUUUAACACAACUAUAUGUUACUUAGACUUUCUACAAGCUUUUGUGCAUUUUGUGCUCUUCUUUUCACCUUCUCUUUAUGUGUUGUCGCUCCUGCAGAUCAGUCCUAUGGUAAAACGGCGCUGAUGAAGGCCCUGCUGCACCUCAGAGACGGCAAGAACGAGACAGUAGAGCUGAUGAUUGACAUAUCAGAGCAGAUAGGCGACAUUAAAGAGUUUGUAAAUGCAGCCUACACAAACAGCUACUACAAAGGUAAACUCUGUGUGAUGAAGACAGCUGUGAGGAUAAACUUUACAACAAAUGUGACUGUCUUACUGAUACACAUGUGUGUGUGUGACUGUUGCAGGUCAGACAGCUCUGCAUAUUGCCAUUGAGAGGAGGAGUCUCUCUUAUGUGGAGCUAUUAGUCAGAAAAGGGGCUGAAGUUCAUGUCAGAGCCUGUGGGAUAUUCUUCCAGCCACACAAUGGACCAAACUUCUACUUUGGUGAGUCCAGACUGCUGCAGGGGAAAUAGUCCUCAGGUUCAAAUAUUUCUGUCAUUGUCACAGGAUCUUAAAUGGUGACAGAAAUGGAAUAUGUCACAUUAUCUAGCCAUCAGUUUCUAGACUGGCACGCUCCCUUGAUCACCCUUCCUGUUAGUGGAGCUCCAGAAGUACCAAGGACAGGAAACAACUGCUUUUACAUUUUUGUACAAUCAAAAAAAAUUAAUAGAUAAAAUAAAAAUAAAUAAAUAAAUAAUAAUAAUAAUAAUAAUUGAAAAAAAGAAAUCAGCACAGAAACCACUCUCACUUCUUCUCUGUUUUCAACCUCUGCAUUUUUGGUUGCCUCCCACUCAUUACAAAAACUGUGUACAACAUACUUUUGAGUACUAGCUAUAUUAUUUCCAUCAAGUCUGUUGAGCUCCUUAAUGCCCCAAACUGUACCUUUAAAACAAUGAAGUUAUUUAAAUAUUCUUACAAGAAAUAGUCUUAAUAUAUUGUCUUUUCCCUUUUAAAUAGAAGUUGAUUUUUAACUGAUUUAAGACAAUAAAAACACAGAACUCAGGUAAAAAUGUUGUGAUUUCUGAGAUACACUGGAUCAGUAGUUUGCUGUACGUGUUACUAUUUAGACGCAUGUUGCUGACAAGUGGUUCCUUUUUGUUGCCAUAAUACUCCCUGUUAGCAUUUUAUUUUGGAGAGCUCACAUUUCCAUUUCUUCCAUUUCACUAAAUGUGCAAAAACAUUUGAAAAUUAUGAACAAACACGAAAAAAGCUGUUGUGCCCUGUAAACAAACAUUUUUGAAAAUUCUAAUACGUUACAAUUUAUGAAGACCUCAAUUUUUUGACCCCUGCACAGAGAAAACCAUGUUACAGACAACUCUGCCCCCUUGUGUCAGAAUGUUAUACUGCAUGUGUACACAGAUGUCCUCAUGCAGACAGGACAUGAGCAGAGAUGGUUAAGAUUGGAAUGUGUCUCAAUGACUAUGAAGAUCAAACAUGGUAUAUAAUAAAUAACCAAUACAAAGAUGUAGUCAUCAAAUCACUAAGCCAGUGUAUCGCUAAUUCUUAAAAGGUCAAAAAGCAUCCCUUCAAAGUUGCUUUGAACAUGUCUGGUAACAUUUUUCCAUGAAAAAAUGUGGCUGCAUCUAAAAAUACCCCCCCCCCCCAAAUUAGAAUUUAACAACAGCUAACAUUAGCAUUCAACAGCUACUAAGCUAUGAUUACCCAAUGUUGAAAAAUUAAGCAAUAUCAGACAUUAUAUAUCAGAUAUAAGCGAUAUUAGACUCCUGUUGAUGUUUUGAUUCAUCACCCUGAACUUGCUGAUGUGCUUAAGCAGCCAAAGGUUUAUGAAGUUAGUGGAGUUCUUUCUGAGGCAAGAAGUACAGAGUACAGAGUUUGAGGGGAUGAUGAGGGGGUAUGAAAGUAGUAGAUUCAUCUAGUUUAAGGCGCAGCAGCUGUACCUAUCUGGCUCCCCUGAAUUUGUGACUACUGGACUAAACUGAGGAGAAGAAAUCUUCCUCCUCUUCAGUGCAGUCUGGUUGUUAUCUCACACCAACCAAAGGACAGAGAAACAGUUGAAUAUGUAACUUUACAUACUGAACAAUAUUUCUGUCCAGGCUUGAUUUUCUGAGGGAAUUUAGCUGGUGAAAUUUUCGUUUACAGAGAUGAAUUUUUUCCUUCCUGGAGUUUUUGUAUCUUAAAAACAUUGAAAGUUGUACCUGCGCCAUAAGAAUUUAUAAUGAAAAGUUAUAUUUUUAAGCCACUCCAUAACAACUAGAAAACAUAUAAAAAGAGGCUGUAUAUGAAAUUAGCUGUUUUCUGUACUUGGUUGAUGGAUCAUUGAGUUUGGUCAGAUUCCCCACAGAUUUUAAUGGUUAUAGUCUCAUUAUUUGCAGAUUAAUCAAUAAGCUGUGAAAUCGUAUAAUUUAGCAGAAUUACACAUUUUGUAGGAUAAAUGGAUUGUAAGCCAGCAAAACUGUCCUUCAGCACUAGGUCAUGGAUAAUCAAGGAUGUCAUUUCUGCCUAUUGAUAUAAUAUGAUGUCCUUUCAAAUUACACUGUUUAUUAUCUUGUUGGUUUCUUUUCUGGAGUUAUGAUAACAGUCUGUCAGAAUCCAAAUAUUAAUAUGACUUAUAUCCAGCUACAUGGGAGCAGUAUGACAUUACCCUUUGGAAAACAAAAAACACAUUUAAGCUACCAAUUUUUACAGUGAAAUCAGAGAAACAUGGCCACCCAGGGAAUGUAAAAAAACAUCAUUGAGGAUAUCAAAUGUUUGGAUCAGUUAGAUUUCUUGAUACAUUCCUCAUUACAAAUUUUUGGAAGUAAUUUAAACUGUUAAACAGUAUUGAAUAAUUUUAGUGCAUCUUUGGUGGGGUUUGGCCGUCUUUAACAGCAAAUAUCCACACAGAAAAUGUCCAGCAGUUGUUGCAUCCUUCUAAAUUACAUACUAGGUUAUGAUGAUUGGCUUGCUUGUGUCAGGCAAAGAAACUUUCCUCACUUUGAAAAAGUGUUUUUGAGUUUAAGUCUGCAAGGGAACUUCUUAGAUAUCAAUGAGGAAAGGGCAUUUAAAGUGGAGAGGGACUAUAAUAGCAUGAAUUUGUCUGGCAUCAGUCUCAAAGGUCUGCUGUAAAAGGUCACACUUGUACUCUGAUGGAUGUUCUCAAGUUAAACUUUCAGGCCACUUCAAUCAGCCGCUGUAGAAGAAAAUUCGCUAAUAUGAGACACUCUUUUUCUGUGUGUGUGUGUGUUGUCCUCAGGUGAGCUUCCUCUGUCUCUGGCCGCCUGCACCAACCAGCCUGAUGUGGUUGACUUCCUCAUGACAAACGAGUACCAACGAGCAGACGCCAAGAUAGCAGACUCUUAUGGAAACACAGUGCUGCACGCCCUGGUGGUGGUGGCCGACAACUCAGAAGAAAACACAGAGUUCAUCAAAAAAAUGUACGACCACAUUCUUACGACUGCUGCCAAAUUUCACCCAAAGCUGAAGCUGGAGGAUAUCGAGAACAAGGAGGGGCUCACGCCUCUAAAAAUGGCUGCCAAGACUGGAAAGAUUGGGGUAAAUGCCUGGUCUGUUUUUUUUUUUUAUUAGUUAAAUCUGGAUCAGAGUGAUAAGGGUUUGGAAAUAACACAUUUUACCAUCUGGUGUCAGCUCACAAGCAGACAGUGAGGCAGAGUUAUGAAAUACACUGAUAUAUGGUCUAGUCAAAGACUAACAAGCAGGAUAUUAAGGAUGGGAGGUUGGCAAACAUAUCGUGGAUACAGGUUUGCAAAUUGACUCAAAAAGGGGUCUAGAACAAAACUUUCAACAGAGUGUGUCUGAAGGAUCACUGCAACAUGUUUUGAAAAAAAAAAAAGAAAAGCAGUUUUAAGUGUUUCAGUAGAUUCUGACAGUAAACUGCAGAAUAAAAGGACUCAGCCACCCUAACCCUUCCACUUUCAUUUUUUCUACACAGUUGGACCUCAUCUGACCAACAACAAAUAAAUAAACCACUGAAACAAACAACGAAUAAGCAGAACUUCAGCUGUAUGAAUUAAUGGGACCGAUUCUCCCUGUCCAUACUUUAUAGAGCAGUUCCACACAUUAGUACAGAAUCAGCAAUGAAAGAGAGUGUUUUUUGGUGUUAAAAUUGUAGUUUUUGUUACUUUGAGUAGUGUUUCUCUGUGGGGUUUCAUUGGGUAUUAGUUGUAAGAUGAAUAACAGUCUGUGUGUGGAAUAUAGGAAGUGGAAAAUGAAGCAACUAGGGGUUUUAUUUAUCUUGAUCAACGGACAGAAGUGCAGGUAGUACUGUUCCGGUUGUUUCUCAACCGAGUUCUUGACUAUUAAAGUUAUAAGUUAAUCUUCAAACAACCAUCAGAGUUCUGUAAAGAGAAUCUUGGCCUGAAAAUCCAUUAGUGCUUAUCCAUCUAACCUUCAAGUUCACCAAAAACCCUGACAAAGAUGAAGAGUAGGUUUGAAAUUAUAUCCACUCAAAAGUUUAUUAGGCACGUUGAUAAGGUUUGAUUUUAGAUUUUUAAAAACCUGUCUUACAUUACAUCCAAACUUUGAUCCAAUAAAGAUUUGAUACUUUUAAAUCACUUGAUACAAGUAGUGACAACAGAAAUCUCCAAGUAGAAGUGCUCAGGGGUCAGGCUUACAACAUACUGAGUUUUGCUGGGCCCUGUUAGUGUCUGGAUGUGGGUCCUAGUUCCUGCUAGCUUCUACAGAGUCUACAGCAGUAUUACAGUUACGCAAAUUUGAGGAAAUGUUCACAGAAAUAUCUUUCUCCUACGUUUUCGUUUGUGUCUUUGCAGAUUUUCUCACACAUCCUAAGAAGAGAAUUCCAUGAGAGUCAUACCAAACAUUUGUCCAGGAAAUUCACAGAGUGGGUUUACGGGCCUGUCACCUCCUCCCUGUAUGACCUGGCCUCUGUGGACUCACAUGAAGCCAACUCAGUGAUGGACAUACUGGUCUACGGCAGCGGCAUUCCUGUAAGUCUCAGACUUAUGACUCCUGUCCCUGCAGCUAGUCCAAAUCUUCUGUACUCACUUUACCAAAUCAACACAGGCCUAAACUCUGCAGAUGUUAGUCUCAGAAUGAAAUGCUCAGAUCAGGUGUAACAUACAGUAAGCCUGCUGUUGUUGUUUGAGGUUUCAGAGAAUCUGAUACAUAUUUCUAAUCCCAACACCUUUCCCUUGAUCAAAUCUACGAACUAGUGCUCUGCUUUUUAGGGUUAGAAAACACAAUGAUACACCGCAUGUCUCAUCAAAGUAGGACAAAGACUUAGGGCUCUAUUUUCGUGUACGCUGGUGAGGCGGCGGAGGGUGGCGGACCCCGCGCAGUUAUAUUUUCGUCUGGCGGAGCCCGGCGUACAGCCAGUUUGGUAUUUUCAUGGACUGAAGCGCACGGAGGUGCACCGAAAUCCGCCAAGCUGGGUAUGGUGGCAUGGCAGGGGGAGGUGUCGACAGAAUCAGCGGGCGCAGUGACAUUUUCGUGCUCGCCAGUGGCGUUGAAGUGCGCUGAAAGCUCGCCGAGUCAAACCUGGUCAGCUUUCAGUGCAGGUGGAGCGCAGCUGGUCUAGUAGUAUUUUGGUUAAACCUUGUCGGCGCAGCGGACCUGACUUAUGCCGCGCCUGCGGCACGUCUCAGGCGAGGCACGAAAAUAGAGCCCUUAAUGCUAAGUAGUUAAAAGUUAACAUUUGCUAUUUUCUUUCAGCCGUCAAAUAUGUUGUCACUUUUUGAGUUAACCUAGUAUCACAUUACAUGAUCCUUUGGUUAACUGUUAUCCUGUUGUUAUUUGGUUGCUAACCAACAAAUAGAAACUUUAAGGUUAAAGUAGCCCUUAUUAUGUUAGCUUUCACAGAUGAAUUACACUGUUAGCUUUUGUCUUUUAGUUGCUUACUAAAGUUUUGACACUUUCUAGAGUACUGCUACAUUCAUCAGCCACAUUAAAUGCCAACUGUUGUCUUUUGGUUGCCAACAAAUCUGCUGGUUCAGUUUCUAGUCAAAGUAAUGUCACAUACUAGCUAUGAUAUUAAUAUUCAAACAUUAGCUGUCUCAUUGUGGUUGGUAAAAGUAGUAGCUGAAUUUCAACAUUAUCCCGCUUCUGCUGGUUGCUGAGAAAUGUAACUUUCCAUCUCAAAAUGUAGCAUAAUGUUCUUUUCAUUUUUUAAAACCUGCAGAAGUAGUACUUGUCUGGUACCUUUGAUAAUAGGACUCACAACCUGGAAAUCAGCAGAAUGACUUUCUAACAGCAUUUAAGUUUCUCAUUCUGGGUGUGACCCCAUUGUUAAUGUUUUAAUUUGUUUUUAUGGUCUCAGAACCGUCACGAGAUGCUGGAGAAGGAGCCUCUGAGCCGGCUGCUGGAGUCAAAAUGGAAGUCAUUUGCAGGUGGCAUGUUUUUUUUCAACUUCCUCGUCUACCUCCUGUACCUGAUCAUUUUCACAGUGAUUGCCUACAAUAAGAAAUCUGACUCGAAGGUGAGAUUGCAAUUUAUGCACAGCGUGAACGACUGUGUGAUGGUCCCAGACUAACUCAUGCUGAUGAUACUUAAAUUAUUUUAUUCCCUGCUCCACAGCUGCCGUUUCCCAUCGAAUACAGCAUAAAGGGUUACCUGUAUGUUUCAGGCCAGUUAGUGACAGCUAUAGCAAACUGCUAUUUCUUUCUUGUAGGGGUAAGUAAAUAUGCUUUUGUAGAACAUAUCCAAGCCAUGUUUCAAUAACAUUAUUUAUUGUAAUUAUUUGUUAAUCCUCAGAUCAUAGACAUGAGGAGAAAACAGCCGAAGCUGGAGACGUUGCUGAUUGAUGGUUAUUAUGAGAUUCUGUUGUAAGUACCAUAAUUAAGUGUAAGCAACCAUGUGAAGAGUUAAGUUUCAUUUUAUUACUUCAAAAAGACUCAGUGUCACAAUGCAUUACAAACAAAUGCACAAAAGCAAAGAAAUCAGGAUGUUGAAUUAUCCGGGAAAUGAACCAAAACAUAAGACAAGGGUGGAGAAUUAUGAGAGAUGUAUAGAUAAGGUGUGGAAAACCUUUUCAGUCAAAAGAUUCAGCAUGUCUUUUUGAAAAUCAGUCAAACACUUUUGUAGCUCUGUGUCCCACUGUGCAUUAUGAUUUUUUACAAUGAUAAAUUGUGCAAGAUCUCAGGCAUUUCUUUGCUCUCAAAAGUCUGGUGCAGGGCGCCCUCUACCUGAUCGCAGCCGGCCUGUAUCUGCUUGGACUGAAGCAGUACCUCGGCUUCCUGGUGCUGUGUCUCGCUCUCAGCUGGGUCAACCUGCUCUACUUCUCCAGGGGCGACAGACACAUGGGAAUUUAUAGCAUCAUGAUUCAGAAGGUAGACAGCCCUCUCUGGUGUCUCUGCAUCAUCAGAGUGAACAUAAAAAGUCUAAUCCUAAAGCUUUUUGUCUUUUUUUCCCCCUUGUAGAUGAUCCUCAGUGACAUCCUGCGCUUUCUUUUUGUCUACAUGGUCUUCCUGUUUGGCUUUUCAGCAGGUAUUUCUCACCUGUUUAUUUAAAAGUGGACAGGCGCAGAUGUCUGCCAAGUACUUUCUGAUAUGAAAACAAAGUCCCAUCAGAAGAGUUUACUUAACCGUACAAACAAAGGGUAUUUUGAGACAUAAACAGGAAGAGACUGAUAUUUUUGACAAGCCUUUAAAAGUAUGGUUCAGAAAUUUCUAUUUUUUUUUUCUAUUUUUUGUUGUAUGUGGUAUGAUUUUGUUGCCUUCUGGACCAAGUGGUACAUUUGACCUUUUAGGUCAUUUUACCCUGUAACUUAUAGUUUUCAACCAAUAAUGAACCUACUGUCUCUUAACAGCCAAAUGUUCAAAAAUGUACAACCCAAUUCCAAAACAGUAUAGCCAAUGGUAAAAUGGUGUUAUAAUCAGGUCUAAAAAUCAUUUUAAACACUGUAGUUGAUCCAAGAUAUUGAAAACAAAUUAUGUAUCAAGUAUGGUAACUAUUGAAGACAUUUAUCAAGAAAGUUAGUGACAACACAAUACUUAAAAAGUUGUGUGAUGCUGAAGACAACAUGUGGGGGGUAGAUCUCCAAACUAAUUUGGUCAUUUUUUCACACGACUGGGUAACAAAAGGGCGUUCCCGAGAGGCUGAGUCUCUAACAAGUAAAAAUAGGAAGAGGUUCAUCACUUUGUGAGACACUGCUUGACCAAAUAUUUAAAUAAUGUCAGAAUAAUGAUACUCACUGUUAAGUUGCAAAUGGUUUUAUCAUUUACAGUCUGUUAUAUUAUAAAAAAAAAAUUAGGAGAAUCUGGAAUGAACUGUACAAAAGAGACAAGGUCAAAAACCAGGACUGCGUUAAAAACAGAUAUGACCCUGCAGGGUGAAUAAAAGUAAGAUUUUGAGCACCUCAAAUCACUUCCAAAAAUAAUAUUCUGUUAAAAAUGUUUGUUACAACUGUAUAAUGCAAAGAGAAAAUGUGUUAACAUGAACACUGGCAGCUUCUGUGUGCCUGAGUCCCUUGAAGACUGAGGCAGAGUGGGAAACUGUGCUGCGGUCUGACAAACCAAAGUUUGAAUCUCUUUUCGUCAGAAACCUCGACCAUUUAAAGCACAAGAGUUAGGCGUAGAGGUCUCUGGCAUUAGAAAUAGUUACUUAAACCUAAUAAAUCUUGUACUGAUGGUCUCGACUUUUGUAAGCCAUAUAGAGACACCAGUAUCAACUCCAUCCAGUUUCAUAACCAAAUAAAAACUCCCCACAGGAUCUUUGAAAUAGACAGCAGUCAACAUUGUAGGUUUUUUAAAUGCUAGAGUUCUGAAAAAAUUAGCUAAACUUCACACUGCUGUGUAAGAUUUCUACUGCAGCUUGAAUGUCAGCCAACUAAAAACUCCUCACGUAAAAAAUUGUUUGUUUACACUAUAUAUCGUAUAUUUGAGCUGCUCUACCUCAGUGACUUACAGACUUCAUCUCAAUACAACAGCUCUGUAAUCUGGGCUUUUUCACCAAAAAGGUCACAGUAAAUGUCACCCUGCUCUGUUAAGUGAUUUGGCCUUAACUCAACCAUCAGGAAAGCUAAAAAAAGAUCAAUUAUUUGAAAAAAUCUCUAACACCCACAGUAGUGUCGUCCAUUUCUGUCGGCUCAUUUCACUCUGCAAAUGUUUUUCCUAAGUGUUCUCUGGUUCAUUUAACUUUCCUCUCAUCUCCACCCUGAACAGAAUUUUGUUAGCUGGUACUUUUUUUUUUAAGAGUCCUCAGUUUGUGUUUCUCAAAAACCCUGUCUACAAGCUUGUACAGGGACUUCCUUGACAGUGAGGUCCUCAUACAAACCCACUUCAAAAAGUCCAAAUUAUCUCUUUCUUUUUACUGAAUGAAACCUGCUUCUAUCUUCUUCACAGCGGUAGUCACACUGCUCAUCGAGCCUCCUGAGAAAAACGAAACCAAGAAGGGGCGCAUUUUUGUCCCACUGGAUGAUGACGAGCUCUGUGUGAAGCCAUCCUUCGCCAACAUUUCCUUCACUACGCUGCAGCUUUUCAAGUUCACCAUUGGCAUGGGUGACAUGGAGUUCAUCCAGCAGUACGAGUACAGAGAGGUCUUCUACGUGCUUCUCAUUGGCUACAUCAUCCUCACCUACAUCCUGCUGCUCAACAUGCUCAUCGCCCUCAUGAACCGCACCGUGGAGAAGACCACUAUGGAGAGCACCAGCAUAUGGAAGCUGCAGGUGAGACACCUAGGAUGAUAAAGGGACGUUUUGGUGUGUGGCUGUGGUUUUGAUAACCUAAUUUGAAUUUUUCAGAGGGCCAUUACCAUCCUGGACAUGGAGAGGAGGCUGCCGCAGUGUCUCAGGGAGAGGUUUCGCUGUGGGGUUGAGAGAAACCUUGGUGUUUAUCUUGGAGAUGACCGACGCAGAUGUUUCAGGUAUACUGUCCAAGGUCUAAAGACCCAUUAAGAUUAGGCAGAUCAGCCCAGUUGUAAAAAGGUACCAGAGCUUAAUACAGCUUCACAGUUGUUAAAGCACAUUCACAUUCAUUUGACGACUAGUUAUGAGAGCUUAAGUGCUAGUUUGGCUCAGUUAAAUCUGUCCACCUGAACUUUAAAAAGUCUCAUGUUUAUGUUUUAAAUUUACCCAACAACACCUACAAGUCAACAUAAAGACAAGUGAUGCAUGGUGUUGUUGAAAGAAUAUCAGUAUCUGCAGAUAAAAGCUGAAUAAGUAGAUUAUUGAUAUCUGCAGAAAAGAACAUUUCUAGUGAUAUUUAUGGCUAAUAUGUUGACACAGUGAGCUUGGUUGUUUUGAAAAAUUUAAAAUGAAAGCAAAAUGUCAAAAUGCAAAGGUUGUAAGGCACAGGUGAUGGGAGGAGGGGCAAAACAGUGCUCCUUUAUUACUGCAUCUCAAAAACCAACAUCCUGACCAGCAACUUGAGUCUUUGAAAUUAGGAAACUAAGAAUAAACAGUAUUGGUGUCUCUGAAAAACCUGCCCUCAGCAUCUACUUCUUUCAUUCAUCAAAAAAAUAUAGAACAGUGAGCAUCCAGAGGUCAAUAUAGUGGUCCUGGUGUUCAAUUACAUAAAUAGUUUUACGUAGACAAUUAAUCAAUAUUUCAUAAGACACAGGAAGAUGGAAUUUGAUGCAAAAAAUAUUUUGUAAAAAUAUUUCACCAAAACCCAAAAAUAUUUUACAUAAAUACAUAAAACACAAAAACAAACUCCAAAAACAUCAAAAUGAAAAAAAAAAAUGUGUAAUGAAAGUAUUUUCCAACCAGAAAGGUAUUUUGCUGAUUUUAUAUAAUUUUCAGAUUUUAUUUUUUGGUUUCUAAAAUCUAUUAAGUGUUCAUGUUAUGUAUAAUAAUAAUAAUAAUAAUAAUAAUAAUAAUAAUAAUAAUAAUAAUAAUAAUAAUAAUUAUUAUUAUUAUUAUAAUUAUUAUUAUUAUUGUUUAACAAAUGUUUUGUAUCGUAAGAAAUAUUAGCUUCCUGAAGUAUUUGUGCAAUUGAGCUUCAGGGCCACUGUAGUCAAGGAGCUUAACAAGAAAAUCAUUGACUCCGUUGCUCUCUACAUUCUUAAUUCUUGGAACCAUAGUGAACUGUAACCUUUUAGAGGGGGGUAGGGUUUAGGAAAGAUGUUAUUAAUUCACAUUAAUGUACCAGUGUAGAAAUGAAUGCUCAGAGUUAAUUAAUUGUUUAAUUGAUAGAUUAGCUGGAAAGUUAGCUGGAUUUCAUCGACAUAAAUUCAUACUUCAUAUUCAUCUAUUUACUCAGCCACUCUGAAAUGUCAAUGUUACCUAAGAAUAAAAGCCUUAUCACAGUCAAACAGAUGAUCAAAUCCAAACAUCGAUAUGAUUAGCAUCUAAAUAGAAAUAGAAAGACAUAGUUUCCAGGCUAGUAUCCAGUAUAGUCAUCGACAAUGUGUGAAAAUACUGUAAAUUUACUGUAACUACUAUAAUUUAAUGUCUGAACCUAAAACCUUCUGAUCAUCAGUGAGCAGCAGGAAUCCAUCAGACAGCCUAAAUAUUUAUGAUAUUUUCAAUCUACUUAAGUCAUGCAUCUGAUUAGGAUCACUUGAGUGUAAAAUUUUGAGCCAAAUUUGAAGAGAACCUUCUUGUGACCAAAUACCUGCAGAACCUAUUACCCAUCAGCCUUAGUAGCAGUUGGUGUGAACUGCUAUUUGGCAAAAUCAGCAUGCUGACCUGCUUUAACACAAUAGCAUGUACAGUGUCUCCUUGGACAUGACAAGAUUAAAUUUUGAAGGUGUUGUGUGCAGACUAUACCUGAUACCUAGAAUUUAUGGGCAGACAUGCUUGGUUCACAGGUGGAUGACAAAGAAGAAAAGAGCGUUUGCUGUAUGAUGAAUGAAUAAAUUUUCAUCAGGUUAAGUCAGCAGUGACAGGCAGAGGCAGAAUUUAUCACCAAAUGUGUGGGAAAAGACACUGAAUUUGUAUGUGUUUUCGUUACCUGUGUUUGUGUGAGGUUUCAAAGUGAUGAAAAGGAAGCUGGUUGAGGUAAAGCUCUGAUGUUUUAAUCAGAUCCUCAUCUCUGGCUUAUAUGAUUUUUUUGGGGGGACACAACCUCUUCUUUUAGAAGUUUAAGCACUGACGACAUGAAACCCCUUACACCAAAACUGUCCCACCUCUCAGAGUGAUCCUCAGUGUUCAGCAAAUCUCUCAAAAACAGCAGAGACAUAGAUUUCGUCUUGAAGAUUUAACCACAGUUAUAACUGUGUGAGCGGCAUGGAUUGAUGCACAGCGCACUCUGUUCUUCACUAAUUUGUCUCCUCUGACAGCUGAGUGAUGCGUCACAUGCAGACAGUAAUUGGAGCAUGUGUCCUCUUGUCUUCACAGAGUGGAGGAAGUCAACUGGAACAAAUGGAACAUCAACCUGGGCAAAAUCAAUGAGGAUCCUGGGUGCUGGGACAGGACACAGCAGCCUGCCUCUGACCCAGGCCAGUCCAGACUACACCAAGGUGAUAAAACAUAAACACACAGUCAGAGUCUCUAGAUCUAAAAAUGCUUUUCAUACAUUUUUCUGCGACAUUAAAGAAAACCAUGUUUAGUCACAUUUUCUGGUUUGUCCACAGGGAGGAGCUUUAGAGGCCUUUUCAGAGGGAGUCGGAGGUGGCGGACGACAUAUCAGGGCACAGAGUUGAACCCUCUGAGCAGCUCACCAGUUUAA